UCAAGCUUAGGUUUAGCCGUCUACGUAGAUAUGUGUUGUCGAUCGAUAUUGAAUUUCGUUAAUCUACGAUUGAAAAACCGGCAUUUUCUGUGUUUUAAGAAAGAUGGUUAAAACCAUUACCAUCUCUCGAACAAAUGUAUAUUUUGAUUCAAAAAGUAUAAAGGCCAAGAUAUCUUAAAAGAAACUACAAUGAUGAUCCAAUUACAAGGUGACAUGUCUUUCGAGGGGGAUGGCACCGAGACUAAGGUACUCCUUACUGCCAAACAAUUGGAAAAUUUGCCAAGAGACAAAGUUUUUUUGUUUAGUCGUAUGAGUACGGGGUCUGCCAUCAGCACAGAUGUGACCUCAACAGUUAAUCACUCUAUCAUCCCGGAUGAUAUGAGUGAUCCUUCUUCCUCUUUGGAUAGUCCAACAUUUGAUGACUCGGAUCUGCUUAGCUCAUCCAAUGUUGCAGAUGUCACUGCACAACUUGCUGCUGCAGGGCCAAUUGGGAUGGCUGCUGCAGCUGCUAUUGCUACUGCCAAAAAGAGAAAGCGACCUCAUUCAUUCGAAACAAAUCCUUCAAUUCGGAAACGUCAACAAACAAGGUUAUUAAGGAAGCUGAAAGCUACAAUUGACGAGUAUACUAUCCGAGUGGGUCAACAGGCUGUAGUUCUUGUUGUGACGCCUGGCAAACCCCAAAAUAAUUUUAAAGUAUUUGGUGCACAUCCGUUGGAAAAUGUGGUGAGAAACUGCAAAAAUGUAAUAAUGCAAGAAUUAGAAUCUGCUUUAGCUCAGCAGGCACCUCCACAGACACAAGAUGACCCAACAUUGCACGAAUUGCCACCGUUGGUUAUCGAUGGUAUACCAACGCCAGUCGAAAAAAUGACUCAAGCUCAACUACGCACAUUUAUUCCGUUGAUGUUAAAGUAUUCUACUGGGAGGGGCAAACCUGGUUGGGGUAGAGAAUCUACAAGGCCUGCAUGGUGGCCAAAAGAGCUGCCUUGGGCUAAUGUGAGAAGCGACGCACGUACAGACGAAGAUAAACAAAAGGUUUCUUGGACACAUGCCUUGAGGCAAAUUGUAAUUAAUUGUUAUAAAUAUCAUGGGCGAGAAGAUCUUCUUCCGGCCUUUACAAAUGAAGAUGAUAAAGAAAAAACCAAAGCUGCAAUUCAAGCUCAAGCAUCAGCUAUUGAAUCGCUAACUGGGACUCAGGGUACUUUGUAUGCUCAACCAUUAACGACACAUGCUUAUCCGACAAUGGUGCAGACAAUAAGCAACCCUGAUGGAACAGUUUCUCUCAUACAAGUUGAUCCUAACAAUGCUGUUGUUACAUUAUCGGACGGUACGCAAGCUCAGCUUAGAACUGUGUUGAGUUCUAAUGCUGAUGGCGAGUUAACAGCCGGAACUCAUCAAGUCAAUGGACAAACUGUGACUCCAAUAAGCAUUGAUCUUAAUGGAGAAGGUGGAGCUCAAGCUGUCGCUACCUUGACUGAAGCUACAAUUAAUCCCGAUGGCCAGAUAAUUCUCACUGGUGAAGAUGGAACUCAGAGUGCUUUCCCUGUGUCCGGCAUGGUAUCCAUUCCUGUGUCCAUGUAUCAAACAGUUGUAGCUAACAUUAGUCAACUGACUGAUGUCCAAGCUCAUGGCAUUCAGGUUGCAAUGGCCCCCAUAGUCACAGAAUCCAAUUCAGAGUCUCCAGUAAAUGUUACCUCGACAUCAGAAAAUGUCAAUGUACUAACAGCUGUUACGUCUUCUUCUGCACAAGUUUCAGAACAGAGUUAAUACCUCAAUAUUCAUCAUAGUCUUGAAUGUUUCAUCACCAAAAGAGGCAAGAAUUUGUGGAAAUAACAUUGCAUAGUCAUCUUUUUCGAUUUGUGAUCUUUUUUUUUUCUUUUUUUUUUUUUUUUUCAUGCUGUACAUACUUUUGUUUCAUAUUGUACAAAACUUGUCUCUUCAGUAUUUGCUGUAUGCAUGUUUCAGUACUGUGAUUUUUUAAGACCAUGCUGUUAAAUCAUCCAAAUGGGAAAAACAUUUGUAUGUGAACUUUGUAGCUGUGUAUUUCCAUGGUGUUCACCUUUUGGGAGUCAUUUUUAUAUUCCAACUGAAUGUAAAACCUUUGUAUAUAUGUCUAAUUUAAAUAUUGGAAAUAUUUGUAUCAUAAGAUUUAAUUUACUUUGUUAUUGUUUUCAAGAGUUUUUAGAAGUUAAUUGAUCUCGGUUAUUGUAACGUAAUUUUAAAAAACUAUAUCCUUGUUGUUUAAAGGAUUUGUUUCAGUAUCCUCAGUUGUAAUAAAAUGGCAGUUGCACAAUUUAUCAUUUAUGGAGUUAAUUUUUCAUAAGCAUUGAAACUCAAAAUUUACAUUUUUUUUUUUUUUCAGUAAAUUUUGUUAAACCUCUUGUUACUAUCCCAUGUUUAGUCUUUUAAGAUAAUGCUUUUCAAAUCUGUGCAAUAUUAAAUGUGCCUUCAGUGCUUUUUGGAUUGACACUGUUUUUUAAUAUUCUUUUGUUUUGAUGAUGUGUAAUGGUUUGUAAUUAAAUAAAUUUCAAAAAAAAAAUUUAGUGAACAAAACUAUAUUAUUAAUCUUCAAAUUGAAGAAUUGUGUGGUUUUUGAAAGGUGAACUGCUUAUCAUUUGUGAUAUUAAUCUUAGUUUCAUAGGUCUGUUAUAUUUACGUUUGUUUAGUUUAAAAAACAACAAAGAAUGUAAUUUGGACUUUUAAAAAGUUAUGACCAAAUAAAUAUUUUAUUAUAUUAAUUUUUUUUAUUGACUGUUUUUUCUGACUAUGAAUCGCAUUUUUAGAUGCAAUUUUUUAUAUAUAUAUAUCCAUUGCAUACUGCCAUUUUUUUUCGAACUGUGAUAGUUUCAAGUUCUGUUGAUUGCAAUCUUUGUUGCAGUUUUAUAGAGUUUGUAGACGUUUUGUUUUUAUAAGUAUCUGAUGUAUUUAAAGCAUUAGGUUUAUUCUAGUCGUUUCCUGUAAAAACUGUAUUGUAUCGCAUAAAUGUGUGCCACUUUCAUUGCAUUUGUUGAUUUUGCAUCAUUUUUAUGUGUUGAUUUUUGGCACUAAAAACAAAAUCUUGUCUUGAAAACGAAUUUCAGUGAGAUAAAAUACCUGCUAAUCAUUCUGUAGUACAGUACAAACUUGAAUGUUUUGAUGCUUAUGUAAUUAAUGGAUCGAAUGCAAUGAAGUCAUAGCAGUUUUUUUUUUGUAUUAGUUUUUUAUCAAAUAUUAAAAUAUCAUUUGUAGCUUGAUAAAUGCAGUAAUUGUUUUCUGUAUUUUAAAAUAUAUUGCCGAUUGAUUAUUCAGUGAUUAAAAAAAAUAUGAUUUUGAGUUGAUGCAUUGUAGGGUAUUAUUUAUUUUGAUAUGUCCAUAAAGGCGAUAAAUAUGAAAUCAGUAAAAAGAUUGAUUCAAAGGCAGCUCAUUUUGAAGUUAUAAUCUAUUUGUCAUUUUUGGAAUCUGGUGUUUAGUAUAUUUUUAACCAAGUGGAUUAUUCAAUUUUCUCUUUAAAUAAUCUUCUGUUUCAUUGUAAAAAAGGUCAUUGAAUUUGGAAUGUGUUUGAAUGCAAACUCCAUUUCAUGUACUUUACAGUACUUAUAGCUUAAGUAAUGCUUUUCAUUAUAAUAAUUGAUAUUAUAUAAAAUAAACAUUAUUUAUAUUUUAAGCUUUUUCUAAAUUUUGAAGUUAUCUUUCAAUGAACUGUAUAUUAAUCUUAAAGCAUUAAUACCAAACUUAAUCAACAUUUUUUCGUGUUCACUACAUUUGCAUGAUUUUUAACUUUAUUUUUUUUUUAUUAACUAUAUAUAAUUACUUAGUUUUUUCAUCCAGGAAUGUUGAAUGAAUUUCUUUACUUUUUUAUUAUUUUCGGUGAAAAAUUAAUAUUGACAAUUCUUGCAAUAAUUCUUAUUCUUGUAGGUGAAGGUGGAGAACUGUUAAAACUCGGAUGCAAUAUCAUUUAUCAUUUUUACUCAUCAUAAAUAUAAUACAUAACUUAUCUUCAUCAGCAAGAGUUAGGUGUGCUGACCACCGUCCCUUUAAAUUUUAUAAAAUAUUUAGAAACAAUGCUUGCCUAUAAUUUUAUGGGACAUGUUGUAAAUUAAUAUUUACUUUUCAUAAUUUCCUUAUGAAGUUAUUUUAAGGGAAAUCGUGCUCAUUUUGAAACAAUUUUUUGGUGAAUGUCAUUCAAUUUGAAAUACAUAUCUAUGCAAACUGUUCUUUUGUACGGUUACUGUAUUUGAUGGGCAUUGAAUAAUAUUCUUAAAUUUCCUAUUGUUUAUUUGUACAUUCAACUUUAAAGAAAUGAUACAUGGGUAAAUGUAUUGUGAUUUCUUGUUUCCUUUGAGAGUUUUGCCCAGAGUAUUUUUUUUUUCUCACAUUCUUAAAAUCUACACAAAAGGAACUUUUUAAAAGUUUCAACUGUAUAAAAGUGUACAGUUAUUCUUGACAAUACUACAAGCAGUGUAGUCAUAGAUCUUAGUGUAUAUAUAUUAUUAGAAUGUGUGAGAUUUAAUUUAUGUGAAAUUGUUAUGAAAAUAUGAUUUUGUGUCUGUAGCCUGUAAUAAAUCAUCUUAUCAAAAAUAAUAAAAUAUUAUUGAAACUGUGUAGAUGUGUUGCA